AUGACCGAGCUUUUGAAGGGCACCCCAUUUUGCACAGAUGGCGGAAUAGGAGGCGCGUCCGUCGAGAAGCCGCCUAGUGGUGUUGGUUUGCUGCUGGUUGCUGGCGCCGCUCAGCGCCGCAACGUGCGAACCGCGCGGCGUGCGGCGGCUGCCGAGGACGGUCUCGGCGGUGGAGUUCUAGGGCUGGCGGCGCUGAAACGUUUCGCCAUCGAUGGCCCGCCAGAAUUCGAUCCGGUUCCUGCAUCGCUGAAGGGCAAGACGGUGGUCAUCACUGGCGGAAACACCGGCCUUGGCAAGGAAUCUGCUUUGCGACUGGCCAAGGCUGGAGCCACAGUCGUGCUUACUGCCCGAAGUGAGGAGAAGGGUCGCAAGGCCUUGGCGGAUGUGAAGGCAGCAUCCGGCAACGAGGAUGUUCACUUCCUCCAGCUGGACCUGGCAGAUCUGGAAAACGUGAAGUCCUUCAAACAGCGCUUCACCAAAGAACCGUACGGUGGCAAAAUCGAUGUGCUCAUGAACAAUGCAGGGGUCAUGGCCAUCCCAGAGAGGAAGGAUCAGCUUGACCAGCUUCAUGCGUGCAAGAUGUCAUACUUCCUGCCUACGAACUUUCCCUGUGAGUCAGAAAGUUAG